CAAACUACGAGAAGCUAUCGUAGCAAAUUUCUUUCUCCCACAGCCAUGUACUCUUCCUCCUCCAUGAAACCCUCCUCCCCUUCACAAGCCAACCAAGACGCCGAUGAUGCCAAAACCUACAAGGAGCUCUACCAGCGCUGCACCGACUUGGUGUCGUCAUGGCCGAGCCGCCAAGGCCUUUCUUACCUCCAGCUCUUCCGCCACGAGAAAGGAUGGUACAACGGCGUCACGCCUCUCGUCGGGACGAUGGUCGCCGACGAGCUCUUCGCCGCGCGCCCCUCGGACAUCGUCGUCCCCACCCUGCCCAAGUCCGGCACGACGUGGAUCAAGGCGCUGCUCUACGCCACGGUGCACCGGAGAGAGCAUCCCGCCGACGCCGCCGGCGACCACCCCUUCAACUCCCUCGGCCCCCACGAAUGCGUCAAAUUCCUCGAGUACCAUCUCUACAGGGCGGACGAGGCCCCCGACCUCGACGCGCUCCCGGACCCGCGGCUGUUCGCGACGCACGCGCCGUUCGACCUCCUGCCGCGAGCCGUCGUCGCCGCCGCGCCGCCGUCGGGCUGCAAGGUCGUCUACGUGUGCCGUGACCCCAAGGACACCCUGGUCUCCCUCCUGCAGUUCGUCAACGAGUACAAGUCCCGGAACGGGAGGGAGCUCGUCGCAGUGGACGCCGCCGUGGGCUUCUUCUGCGACGGCGUGUCGCCGUUCGGGCCGUACUGGGAGCACGUCCUCGGCUACUGGCGCGCGCACCGGGAGCGCCCCGAGCGGGUGCUCUUCCUCAGGUACGAGGAGAUGAAGCGGGACCCGGCGGGGCACGUGCGGAGGCUGGCGGAGUUCGCCGGGGUCCCCUUCACCUCGCCGGAGGAAGACGGCGGCGCGGUGGACGCCAUUGUCAGGCUGUGCUCGUUCGACAACAUGGUCGGCCUGGAGGCGACCAAGGGUGGCCGCACGCAGCUCACAACCACAACCGUGCCGAACAGCGCGUUCUUCCGGCGUGGAGAGGUUGGAGACUGGGCGAACCAUCUGUCUCCGGAGAUGGCGCAACGAAUCGACGCCAUCACCGAGGCUAAGUUUGCAGGUUUUGGCCUAGCGCCCAGCCUGAUCGAGCUCUAGUAAAAAGAAGGGGGUGUAUUUUCAUUAGACGAUGUGAUGGUUAGCGGUUGCCCUUCUAUAUAUGAAUGAAAUUACGGAAGUACCAUCUAUAUCUAUAUCUAUACUAAUAUAUAUCUAUGAAAUUGGAGGAGUUGCCCCCCUCCAAUUCUACAAGCCAAAUUACUGGGAUGAAUCCCUACUGUCCAUCCGCGCGAUUUCAUUCACCACCGCACGAUUUCGUUUCCCACCGCAGGAUGCGAAGACUUCGCUCCUCCACGCGCGCAGACUUCGCUCGCUUCUCCUCCUCCUCCCCAUGUGUACUGAAGCCACAUCCUCGCAGGACCUCUGUCGCCGCUCCGCCGCAUCCUCGCCGGAGACGCCGCCGCCGGAUCCUGCUUCUUCUCCACCGCCGCGGCCGGAGCCGACCUCAGCCCCAUCCGCCGCCGCCGCCGCCUCCUCCUUCUUCCCCACCGCCGCGGCCGGCCUCUUCCCCAUCGGCCGCAGCCGGAGCCGACGUCCUCCCCAUCCGACGCUGCCACAGUCCCUGUCGCCAUCGUCGACGUUGUCUCUGCUGCCACGCUCCGCUGCCCAUCUCCUGUCAUGCUGCUGUACUUGGCCAAUGUGCCUAUACCCUAGGUGCUGAACAACAGGAGGGAAUCUCAACAUCGUUGAGACGUACAGGAAGAAGCUUCACAAUUUCACACAAGGGAUUUAGUUGGUAGCAGCUCUCACACUCCCUUCGAGCAAAUAUUGUUUUCAGGUACUUAUCUCAUUUAACUUAAUAAGUUGCUUGAUUAUUGGGACUUGGGAGCAACUCACACACUCCCUUCGAGCAAAUAUUGUUUUCAGGUACAAUACUGUCGAUGAUUCUAUUCUACAAGAAAUGUGAAUUAUGGACCAUUAUACUACCUUGGUAAAUAUUUUUGUUCCAGUUUGAAGCUGAAAAAGUUAUUUCCGGUUGUUCUGAUUAACGUGGUUCAAAUUGAUUCUUAGAAAAUGAAAAGUCUUCAGUAGGUCCUGUUAUUCUGUAACAUGUAGGUUCUAAUUGAUGCUUAGAAAAUGUGGAUUUGGGAUUUUGUUAUAGCGAGCGGACUGUCAUCAAUAUUAACGAAAACCUGUUGCAUAUUAAAACUGCUUUUAUAUGCUCAUGGUGUGUUCUUCAAGGUUGUACAUCCUUGCGAUGGACGGCCUUUCUAAACUAACUGCGAAUGAAUUAAAAAGUCAGCGAGCCCGAGAGCGGUACACGGCACUCAGCGUUGAGGAGAAGGGUGCGCUGGUUCAAAGGAACCCUGAAAACAGGGAGAGGAAGAAUUCUGCAUCUACAUCGGGCACAGUUUUGAAUCAGAGUUUGCAUGAAGGAAGCCAAACUGUAAAUUGUCAGCCAUCAUUUCAGCCUGUGCCAUCCUCCACACCUAUGUCUUCCUCCACACCUGAAGUGUUCAUCAGUGGAAGGUUUGUUAUCAACACUGUAAAACAGGAAAGCAUCGUUUCUGGCCAACGGAUCACUGGAGCGCCGCGGACGCAAGGCGCUGUUUACUCCCAAUCUGUCCCCCCUAUAAAGCUAGCCCCAAUCCCACUACUUCGAUGUUGCUGCCAUUGUGUCUGAUGUCGGUCCUAUAGACCAUUAUGCAAAUUUUCCAAACAGUGUUAGAAAGGUCGCUUUGAUGGAUUCCAAAGGUGAGAAACUCCCUGUUCAAAGAACCAGUCCUGCAUGACGCCAUUAAGAUUGGUGUGAACUUUAGGAACCAAGAGCUGCUGCAACCGGCAGAACAAAAUAAUGCUCCAGGAGAACCAGAAGUGGUGAUAGUUGAAGAUGAUGAAGUGGUGAUUGAGCCAUUGCCAAAAAAGGAGCGCACUGGCAACAAGGGAUAAACUAUGGAUUUUGGUUUAUGCUAUGUAGUGUUUGCUGUUAUGAAAUAUAAUUAGUGUUAGUGGCCACUUCCAUUUCAAUAAUUUAUUGUGCUAUGUAUCUUCUUCCUUUGAGAUAUCAAUCUAAUGUUCUUCCAUUGUUUUCUCAGACAUUACCUCUGCACAUUGGCUUAUGCAUACCUCUGCACAUUGGCUGAAGAUCAUAUUUAUUUUUGAGCAAA